CACAAUGGAGUCGGACGUGCACCGACGUGAGAGUCGUGAAUGCUAGAAGACCCCCGGCGCAUUGGGGAAAGCGCUAGCGUGAAUGCCGCUGCUAUGAAAUAAUCUCACGGGUUCAAGUGAGCAGUGAGCGGUGACGCCGGGUCCCCCUGCUGUUCUGUAACAGUCCUCUCUUACCGUCGGCGUGUCUUCUGACUGUCCUCUACCCCCCCUCCCAUGUCUUUGUCCCAAAGAGCAGCGAAAAAUAACUCCAUCCGACGCACCACCCUCUGGUGACAGAUCACCAGCCGGGGAAAAUGUCAGAGGUCAACAUACCGAAGCGCAAGGAGAAGUGUGAGAACUGCACCAAACAGUGCAACAAGAAACAGAGCGGCGAUGGGGCCAACUCACACCAGGACAGCGUGCAAGUCAAUGGACAGGUGCACGAAGGAUCCCAGGUGCUGCUGAGCGCCUGCCUAGCCUGCGACGGCUGUGUGUCGGAAGAGGAGAACCUGAAGAUCUCUCAGCAGAGCCUGGAGCAAGUGGAGCGGGUCCUGGCCCUCAACAAGAAGUGUGACGCGUCGAAGCACAGGGUGCUGGUGGCGUCGGUGUGUCCACAGUCGCUGCCGUUCUUUGCCGUCAAGUUCGGUCUAGACAUCAGUGAGGCCGCCAACAAGCUCUGUGGCUUCCUCAAGAGUUUGGGCGUGCAGUACGUGUUCGACACCACGCUGGCUGCAGGCUUCAGCAUCUUGGAGAGCCAGAAGGAGUUCAUUCAGAGGUUUCGCAGGAGGCACCACGACUCCCACGCCGUGCCAAUGUUCACCUCCUCCUGCCCAGGGUGGAUCCGCUACUCUGAGCGUGUCCUGGGCAGUCUGGUCACCCCUCACAUCUGCACAGCCAGGUCUCCUCAGCAGAUCAUGGGCUGCCUGGUCAAGGACUACUUCUCUAAACAGCAGAAGCUGAGUCCGGGGAAAGUCUACCACGUGUUGGUGGCUCCCUGCUUUGAUAAGAAGCUGGAGGCGGUCCGAGAGGAGUUUUACAGCGGCCUGCUGGAGGCCAGAGACGUGGACUGUGUCCUCACCUCAGGUGAGAUCUAUUACCUGAUGGAGCAGAGGAAGGUUAGAGUGGAGGAGCUGGACUCCGUUCCCCUGGACCAUGUGCUGGGGGAGGCCGGAGACGCGGCGCUGGUGAGGCACGAGGGUCGAGGCUCCGAGGGCUUCCUGGAACACAUCUUCAAGCACGCUGCCAAGGAGCUCUUUGGCCUGGACGUCCACGAGAUCACAUACAAGAACCUCAGGAACCGGGACUUCCAGGAAGUGACCCUGGAGCGUGACGGGGAAACUCUGCUGCAGUUUGCCGCCGUCUACGGUUUCAGAAACAUCCAGACCCUCGUUCACCGCAUGAGAACGGGACGAGUGCCCUACCAGCUAGUGGAGGUGCUGUCCUGCCCCGGAGGGUGCCUGAGUGGCCGUGGGCAGGCGGAAAGCGAGGCAGGAGGCCGGGUGGAUAAAGCCCUCGUCCAGCAGAUGGAGGAGGCCUACAGCAGCCUGCCGGUCCGUCUGCCGGAGGUCAACCCCACCCUGCACACCCUCUAUCAGGACUGGCUCCAGGGCCAGGACUCCCCGCGGGCCAGCGCGCUCCUACACACCCAGUACACGCGUCAGAUCCACACGCAGCCCCCGCACAUGCAGUGGUGAGGAGAAAGCGAGAGGUGGGUGGGGCGGGCGGGUGGUGUAUGUUGAAAAAACAUGACAUGCAGCACGCUCGGACGGCUCAUCAGCCAUGGCGGACAAUGAAGGACGAGGCGCGCUGUACUAGUCUCUUUGGGUGCAGUUCACACACGAGGCCACAGGGGGGCAGUGCUGGUAUUUAGAAUUGGUGGCAGCAGGAGAAACGAGAGUCUAGAGACACGCACAUUUUUUGUCAGCAGACUGGAGCCGCGCUGCCGAUCACGGCUCACGAAGCCGCUGCUCUGAGAAAUGAGGAAAAUCCGCAGCAAGCAAGCGCACCACCCGUGACGACCUGCAUCAGUUCCACCGGAGAGACUCACAACUCGCCUUUCGGCCCGGCUGGGACUCUGACGAAUGUUCAUCGGCGUGUGUUCCAAAUGUGAAGCGCCCACAUGCAACAUGUUGUUUUAACUUUGUGUUAAAGUUUUUGUCAUCGCUGAAAGACAUUGAUAACUAUGCAACAGUGAGGCGGUCUUAUCUCAACAGACAUUGGAAGGUGAGGUCUUUAGAUCACAGGGAGUGAUGCUAAAGUGUCGCCUCCAGUGUUCAGUUUAUCCAUCCUGGUGAAGAAGGGGAGUCUUUUUUUUGUCUUGUGUCUUCCUUUAUAUUGUCACUUUGUGUCCAUACCGCUAUCUAGUCAUUUUUUAAGUUGUAUGUCUUUUUACAAGAUCGCGUGAAAUGAUACAAACUAAAAUAAUAAUAACAAACAAGGGUGUGGAUGAUGUCAUUAUUCACUGAACAGCGUCUGCCUCCCGCGGAGGGAAAAGCUUUUUGACAUUUUUGCUGCUGGUAACAGUUGUUCAUGUUAAAUUCAUAAAUUUUCAUUGUAUGUAGAUUUCUUGAACCUCGAGCAAAUUCAACCAAAGCGACUUGCAUGGCUCAAUGUGACUGCAGUGAGAAAACGUCUUUUCUUUUGUCGUGUGAUUGUGUAGAACUUUCAGAAGGGCUUCCUCUGUAGUGUGUGUGUGUGUGUGUGUGUGUGUGUGUGUGUGUGUGCGCGCUGCUUAAGCAAUCACUUCUUUGAUCAGACAUCUAAUUUAAUAAAUACUUUUUGAUCAUU